AUGCCGACCGAGACAAAGAUCGGCUUCAUCGGCGCGGGCCAGAUGGCCGAAGCCCUGGCGCGUGGCUUCAUCAACCAGAACAUGGUGGAAGCCGAGCAUGUCUUCUGCACGGACCCCGUGGAGGCUCGCAAGGAGGUCUUCCGCUCCUUCGGCACCGUUCCCGUUGACGGCAACAUCGCGGUGGCCGAGGCCGCGGAGGUCAUCUUCAUCGCCGUCAAGCCCCAGUACGUGCCGGUGGUUCUGCGCGAGAUCAGCCCCAAGCUUACCGAGAAGCACCUCAUCGUCUCCAUCGCCGCCGGGGUCACCCUGGCUGUCCUCACGGAGGCUGCCGGCCCCAAGGCCAAGAUCAUCCGGGUGAUGCCCAACACGCCCUGCCUGGUGGGCGAGACCGCGGCCGCCAUGUGCCUGGGCCACGGCGCGGGCAGCGCCGACGCCGACCUCCUCCAGCGCCUGUUCGAGUCUGUGGGCCGCAUCUUCCGGGUGGACGAGAAGCUGCUCAGCGCGGUGACGGGGCUGAGCGGGUCGGGCCCGGCCUACAUCUUCCUGGUCAUCGAGGCUCUGUCCGACGGCGGGGUGCGGGCGGGCCUGCCACGCGAUGUGGCGCAGGCCCUGGCCGCCCAGACCGUGCUGGGGUCGGCCAAGCUGGUGCUGGAAACCGGGAAGCACCCGGGCGCGCUCAAGGACAUGGUCACCUCGCCGGCAGGCACGACCAUCGCUGGUGUGCACGAGCUGGAGAAGGCUGGCAUCCGGGCGGCGUUCAUGAACGCGGUCACCGCUGCCUCUGCCCGCGCCGACGAGCUGGCGGAGUAG